AUGCCACUCAUGGUGCUCGAACUGGGAGAUAAGGCGAGUCUGCACCAGCCGGGCCGGGGCCGAGGCACUGGUCCAGACAGCGACAAAACGAGCCAGGCCGACUCGGCCGACGCAACAAAGGGGCCUCCUCUGGGCGGUUACAGCGCGGGCGACAGGCUGAACAUCCAGGUCCUCGCUCAAGGCCUUCCUGAGCCCGUCGAUCUCGACGUCAACGCCGAGUCGCGGACGCUGUGCUGGACGAACCGUGGGAAGCUGCCCCUUGGGGGUCUGCAUGAGCAUGAGGCUAUUGGGGUCAAGCUCGAUGUCAAAGACAAGCAUGUGCAUUUGACGGAUCUGGGCAGCUCGGUGCAUCGCUGGGGUGCGGACGGCGGAAACCGCACGAUAGUGUUUGAGAACUCGAGCAUGGCGCUGAUGGACUUUGAGCUUUGUGAGAACUGGUGGGGGUGUACCAUCUAAAGAUCUAAAGGAUCAGACUCUCUAUGGUUUUACAUGGUGGAAGGAGUUCUUGCAGCAUGUACCACGAGCGAGGCCUUCGGGAGGUGAUCAUGAGACGGGUCAGAUCCGAUGCUGCCGGAUGUCUCACGCUAGGUUAAGCGCGUAGACUUCAAAAACGCU